AUGAAACUUCUAAUAUUUCUAUUAUUUAUCUCUUCAAUAACAAUAUCUCUUUCAUGCGAUUUCAACAAUUACAACGGUGAGUGGCUUUGCCUACCUUGUGGCGGUAUAUACUCUUGCACAGGCUCAGGUACAUGUUUUGCCAACCCCAGUGACAUUUCAUCACAAUGCAAGCUUCCGUCAGAUGCCUCCGACUGGAUGUGCUGCCAAUCAGAUACUUGUUCGAUUUCUGGAACAGGUUUAUGUACCUAUACUCCACCAACGACAUCAACAUCAACGUCAACAGAAGAACCUAGUUGUGAUCAUAUACAAUGUCCAUUUUAUCAAAGUUGUCAAUGUGUCUGCGUUGGUUGUAGUGGAGUAGGACUUGGCUGCUUUGAGUGCAAGACUCAAUCUUGGUUUAUUGCUCUUAUGGAGGUGAUAUCAUCUCAUCCAAAUCAAAGUAUGGCAAAGGAUAGAAUAAGAUCGAGUAAACAGCGUGAAAUGACAAAAGAAGCCUUUAUCAACCUGAACGAAGAUGAUGUCAUUGCAGUUGACGGUGUUAGUGUAGUUGAUAUUGUUAGUAAUAAUGAGAACAAUAUUAAUCCAAGAGCAGAGGUAAACCAAUUGGUUGAUAAUUCUCUUGCUUUUAUCAAUUGA